AUGGGCCGGAGGGCACGUACAAAAGUAUCUGCGGCUACUGCCAACACAGAAACUUCAAAAGUAACGCAAGACGUCGCUGCUGCAAAGCCAAAGCGUGCGCCAAGGAAGCCUCGGGUGAAGGCAGCACCACUCGCGUCACUACAGGAAACCCGAAAUGUCCAGGUGAAGGAAACGACUGCGGUGAAGAACACAGAUAAUGCCUAUGAUGGUCACUUGGACAGAGGCAUGAGAUUCUUAAAGACUCUGAUUGAGGACAGGCGUGCGAGAGGCGAGGACAUUUGCAGUCAGGGCAUCUCGACAGACGAGUUCGAAAAAGCAUUUGACAAACCUCCGAACAAAUACUCCGCGAUGGCAAUUGAGAUGUUUAUCGUGCAGAAGUGCUUCAUGCAGAACUUGGGAAAGGAUACUGGCUAUGGGAUCCAAGGCGCCUUCGCAAGGUACUGGGAUACAAUGGAUGGUGACAAGUACGCAGGUACUAAUUACCAGUUCGACGACAAGACAGGAGAAGCGAAGGGUUGCCCUGCUCGUGCCCCGGCUGUCAUGGCCGUUCUGCAUGCAGUGAAAGUCAGAGCUGCUGAGAAAGGCCAUGCAGCCGUACGCAACCACGCCGAGGCGAUAACAAUAGAAGAGGUACAAAAGAUUAUGGAAUGGUCGGAGAAAACAUGUCCCGAUGAUUUGCUCACCUUGCCUGUUGAAGAUCUUGAAACCUUGAUGUUCCGCACUGAGCACGCACUCAUGCGAGCAUUUAUUAGCUCAGCAUUUACACUGUGGACAAGGUGCUUUGAGCUGCUCACCUUGCAAGACCGGGACAUAAAGGAUGAUUGUGUCGGGCCUGCACCUUACUACAUCCCGCACUUCAAAGUUGUCCUCGAAAAUAGGAAGGGGUGGCAACAUGCUAAGGGCUAUGAUGGACCACGGACUGGAAAUAUCUAUGAUAUUUAUCGUCAGGACAUUCCCGCAAUUGACAUGAAUUCGCACCUUCCAAAGUGGCGCGCGUAUCUCCAGAAGCUUCAACCCAACAGGAAAGUUGAAGCUGACGAUUAUUUGUUUCCCUACAUCGCGCCAAAUGGAUUGAUCCACCCUAAGCGUGACAUGAGUUAUGAUCUCCUGCAAGGGUUACUCACCAAGUUUGCGGCUGCUGCUGGACUUCAAAAGCACUAUACAACGCACUGCUUUCGACGUGGAGGUGCACAAUACAGGUUUAUGUUUGCACCUGUCGGAAAGCGAUGGCCGUUGAGCUGGAUCCGAUGGUGGGGUGGAUGGGCGAUUGGGGAGCACGUCGACACAUUGAUGAAAUAUCUACUCGACUCACUCCAGAGCUUCGAGACAGGGCAUGGCAAUGUGCUGCAUCCGAUCCCCCUCGGUGCAGACCAGAGCUUCAUGGGAGAACACCUUGCAACGCAACCUGCAUCAGGUGAGCAGGUGCAACAGAUCAGUGAGCGUGUCGACCGCAAGCUGGAUGAGAUGAUGAGAACAAUCACCACCACUCUCAGCUCCCGCGCCGAGCAUGCGCCAGACAUUCCGAAUCCAUCGAUUUCAUUCAUUGGACCUGAAUGUGUGUCGCAUACGCACUUGCGAGCAUCAAGGGCCAUUUCCGUGCCCUACACUUUGCCCAACAUCACGGAGUCCACCAAUGCCAGCCGUGAAACCUCACCUUCCGAGAGGGGAACAUCAGAACCCGCCACAGUCAUAUCACCCAGGUUUCGACGCUACAACUUUGCAAUUCCUGAUCUCGGAAGAGCUCCCGGUGCAUGGCAAAGAGCCAUCAAACAAUGGGAGGAGGUUGAUCCUAUCACGAAUCACGCACUGAGGGACUGGCCAAAGGAAUGGUACGAGGGCAACAGUGCCACGGCGAGCAAGCGGAACCAGCGAAAGACAAUCUUUGAGGAAUAUGUUAGUUUGGGCCGGGACAAGAACAAGUUCAUUAGCAAGUACCCAGACGCUGACAAGAGCAUUUCAAAGCUCUUGGAAGCCAUCAGAUGGAACAAUGGCACCACGCGUUCCAGCAAAUACGGGACAGCGAGCGAGCGCAAAUCCAAGUCCCCCGCUGAAAGUUCUGAGCGCGCUGCAAGCCAAAAUGAAAUGGUUGUAGACUGA